CUCCAGUUUCAAACGCAGCGCCCAUCUUUAACACAACACAACCGGACAAGCUCCGUCCCGUAGCGAGAUACCGCCGUUCAUGCAUGACGUGAAGCCCAGGUAAUGAGGAAAGACAACACAGAGAGGAAGGACACACAAGAUGAUCGAAACAAUGGAUACCCAGCGUUGUCUGCAAGCGUUGGAGAGGUUACAGUCUCGCUUGAAAGAAAAGGGAGCAGAUGUUCCUGCUGAGGAGAAGCUGAAUCUUCUGAAGGCGGUCCUGCAGAGUCCUCUGUUUCACCAGAUCCUCGCCCUGCAGAAAUCAGUGCAGCAUCUGAAGGAGCAUACUCCAUAUAUUAACCCUGAUCUGAAGGGCAGCACUGAAGGAUUCUCAGCUCAGCUCAAUGGACAGCCUUCAUCUGAAGAGUACACACACAUCAUCCGCUCCAUGGCUCAGGGUCGGUACAUGACUCAGAUCGACCUGCUGAAGCCGGUAUCGGGUGGUUUGGGCUUCAGUGUUGUUGGCUUGUGUAGUGAGAACCGUGGAGAUCUUGGCAUCUUCAUUCAGGAGAUACAAGCUGGAAGUGUGGCAUACAGUGAUGGAAAGCUAAAGGAAGGAGAUCAGAUACUGGCGAUUAACGGUCAGUUGCUGGAUCAGAGUGUCAGUCACCAGCAGGCCAUUGUUCUCCUGCAGCGAGCGUCGGACUGCGUGAGCCUCACUGUCGCCCGUGGGCCUGUCCCACAGCUCUCCAGCCCGGUGGUGUCCAGGACUCCUAGUGCUGCUAGCACACUUUCAGCUCACUCCAGUGCGACCCACUGGACUCACGUGGAGACGAUCGAGCUGGUGAACGAUGGGACCGGUUUGGGCUUCGGGAUUGUUGGUGGUAAAACCACCGGCGUUAUCGUCAAAACCAUUCUACCUGGAGGCAUCGCUGACCAGGACGGUCGAUUGCGAAGUGGGGAUCACGUCCUGCGGAUCGGUGAUACGGAUCUAUUUGGCCUGAGCAGUGAGCAGGUUGCUCAAGUUUUGAAACAAUGUGGAAACAGAGUCCGACUCCUCAUCAGCCGCGGGACGGCGGACGAUGCUACGCCCGCUCCUGUCACCCUGCCGACCGUCACUGAGCAACAGGGUUUUGAGGAAGAGGAACAGGGCGCCUUCGAUGUGAGCUUGACGAAGAACGCUCAGGGUUUAGGCAUCACCAUCGCGGGGUAUGUGGGGGACAAAACAUCAGAGCCCUCUGGGAUAUUUGUGAAGAGCAUUUCGAGGGACAGCGCGGUGGAGCAAGACGGCCGAAUUCAUGUUGGAGAUCAGAUCAUAGCUGUAGAUGGUGUUAAUAUCCAGGGUUACACUAACCAGCAGGCCGUGGAGGUCCUGAGACACACAGGUCAGACGGUAAACCUGAAGCUCGUCCGACGCGGCUUUAAACUGGAGGACGGAUGUCCGUCAAUCAUACCUGUCACUAUGGAGACCACACCCACCCUCAGCACAUCACGAAACUCAACAAUGGAGCGAACGAACACUGAGCACGAUGAGAGAGUGUUUCUCACUCCAGAGGAAAACGCCAAACCGCAGUCUGUCACCGCUUCGCCCAUCAGAGCUCCAGAAAGACACGACGGUCCUGUGAAGCUGAGCUCUGAGGAGGAACACCAGCUAAUGCAGAAGUGGCAGAAUGAACUCGGCGUCUGCAGAGAAGUCAUUGUGGCUCAAGUGGAGAAGUUCAGUGGGAACAGCGGUUUAGGGAUCAGUCUGGACGUGUGUGCCGGCCAUCACAUCCUCCGCUCAGUGCUUCCUGAGGGACCCGUCGGGCGAUCAGGGAAAAUCUGCAGUGGAGACGAACUGCUCGAGGUGAACGGCAUUCCCCUCAGAGGAGAGUCUCAUAAAGAGGUUGUUGACAUUCUGAAAGAACUUCCUGUUUCUGUGACCAUGGUCUGUUGUAGACCCGCCCCUCUAAUGACUGACAGCCAAACUGACCAACCACGGGCAGAGGAUGUGGCCAUUGAUUCCAUAGUUCCGGUGACGGGUGAGUUUGUGGAUUUUCUGUUCUCUGGCGAAUCAGAGGACAGCCUGAAAGAUCAUGUGACUGAAGAGCCCUCCGGAACGCCGUUAGCAAUGUGGGAAACAGAGAUUCAGGACAUUGAACUAGAGAAAGGAGAGAGCGGACUGGGCUUCAGCAUUCUGGAUUAUCAGGACCCAAUGGACCCGCUCAAGACAGUAAUAGUGAUUAGGUCGUUAGUUCCAGACGGUGUUGCAGAGCGUGACGGACGCUUGUUGCCAGGAGACCGUCUCAUGUAUGUCAACAACAUCAACCUGGAGAGCGCCAGUUUGGAGGAAGCAGUGCAGGCUCUGAAGGGAGCGAACAUGGGCACCGUCCGCAUCGGGGUGGCCAAACCCCUGCCCACUGAGGAUGAGGAUGGCUCUUCCUCCUUCAUCUUCUCGGCUCUGCUGCUGACGGAGGGCUGUGAUGAGGAUGAGGAGGAUGAAGUUGUGUUCCGCGCUGAGCCUGCAGUGAUCGACUCCAGUGAUUUGGACCUGUCUGAUGAAAAGGCGUUUGAGCGUCAUUUUCUGGAGGAGGAGGAAGAGAUGCUGCAGUCGAUGAUCGCUGAGCACGGCAGUAUCUGCAGCGCUGAUCUGACCUAUCAGAUGAGCGGACCCGCCUCCACACCGAAGGAGGAGGAUUUGCUUCCAGAUAAACCCGCGGACGAGACCCAGCAGCUAAACGCUGCCGCGGGGAGCAGCUUCGAGCGGACCAUCACUGUGGUCAAGGGCAGCUCCAGUCUAGGCAUGACGGUGUGUGCACUGAAGGACGGGCCCGGGAUGCUGAUCCGCAGCAUCAUUCACGGCGGCUCCAUCAGCAGAGACAGCCGGCUCGGGGUCGGGGACCUGAUUCUGGCCAUCAACGGAGAACCGACGGGAAACCUGACCAACGCUCAGGCACGAGCCAUGCUGCGCAGACACUCUCUGAUCGGACCAGACCUGGGAUCCACAGGUGCUGCGGGGGAAGAGCUGAGCCCCGUCUCUGUAAUCACGUAUGUUCCUGCAGAAUAUUUGGAGGAAUACAGGGCUAGCCAGCAGCUCGAGAGUGAUGACUCUGAUGGCAAACACAACACUCAGCAUCAGACGGUCUCAGAUCUUCCAGAGAGAGAAGAUGGAGAAGGACAGGAGAGUGAACGACAGACAGCAGCUUCCAACAACUGGAAUCUACCACGGAGAGUGGAGUUACACAGGGAAGUUGGGAAAUCUCUGGGCAUCAGCAUAGUUGGUGGGCGGGGCAUGGGCAGCCGCCUUAGCAACGGGGAAGUGAUGCGGGGCAUCUUUAUUAAACACAUCCUGGAGGACAGUCCAGCGGGACACAAUGGCACACUGAAGACAGGAGACAGGAUUUUAGAGGUGGGCGGAGUGGAUCUACGUGACGCCAGUCAUGAGCAGGCGGUGGAGGCCAUCCGUAAUGCUGCAAACCCCGUGGUGUUUCUGGUGCAGAGCAUCGUUCACAGAGACAGAAAACCUCCUGUAGCCCUGCUACAGCUGACGCACUCAGAGCAACCCCUCCAUCCUUACCCCGAAUCCUGCUUUACAUACAAACCGCUACAGACAUCUGCACUGGAUGCAGUGGAGGACAUUUCAGCCUUCAAUCUGAAGAGCAGCAGUGAGAAGGCCGUUGACACUCACAGUAGACCUUUCCUCCGUCUGUAUCCGACUAAUCCUUUCACUCCUACACCGUUUAAGCUGAAUCGAGAGGAGGGAAAAAGCUUCCUGUCGCUGCCUGUUGUUCCACAUGUUGGGGAAACCGACUCGGACACACUGACUGAGAUUCCCGACAGACUUGCUCUGCAUAAUGACGGUCCUGAUGAGGAAGAGGAGGAUGAGUACGGAUACAGCUGGAAGAAGGUAACGGAGCGGUACGGUCGUUUACCGGGUGAGCUGCACAUGAUCGAGUUGGAGAAGGGUCACACAGGUUUGGGUUUGAGUUUGGCCGGGAACCGUGAUCGUUCACGCAUGAGUGUGUUUGUGGUGGGAAUCGAUCCCAAUGGAGCUGCCGGCCAAGACGGACACAUCGUGGUGGGAGAUGAACUGUUAGAGAUAAACGGUCAGGUUCUGUACGGCCGCAGUCAUCAGAAUGCCUCUGCCAUCAUUAAAAGCGCCCCUUCAAGGGUCAAGAUCAUCUUCAUCAGGAACAGAGAUGCUCUGAGUCAGAUGGCAGUCGGGCCGAUGAAGGAGACGGACUCACCGGACGCACACACAGAGACAGAGACGCCCAGUUCAACACUAGAUGUGAUCCAGCACGUAACUCUUCCUGUGGAGGAUGGAGGGCUGGGUUUGGUCUUGAAGGAGGAUGACAGCAGGAGCGGAUGCAUCGAGAGUGUGGAUGACAAUGGAGCAGCUGGAAGGGACGGUCGGAUUGCAGCGGGACACCGGCUGCUCGCAGUGGAUGAUGAGAUGGGACUCUCUGUGGAAAAGAUUUGCUCAGGAUCAGAUGCGGGAAGCAGCCUGCCGCUGGUUUCUCUGACAUCAUCAGAGGCAGAGCCAAUCAGGAAUUCGAGCAGAUGUUCCACACCGGCGACACUGGCGUCUGAUCCGACGACGUGUCCCAUCAUCCCCGGCUGUGAGACCACUAUAGAGAUCAGCAAGGGCAGAACAGGACUGGGGCUGAGCAUCGUGGGCGGCUGUGAUACGCUACUGGGCACUAUCAUAAUUCAUGAGGUGUAUGAGGAGGGAGCUGCGUCUAAAGACGGCCGCCUGUGGGCAGGAGAUCAGAUUCUGGAGGUGAACGGUAUAGAUCUGCGCGUGGCGACACAUGACGAGGCCAUCAAUGUUUUGCGGCAGACUCCGCAGCGCGUUCGUCUGGCGGUCUUCAGAGACGAGGGUCAGUAUAAGGAGGAGGAGCUGUGGGACUCGCUGAGCGUCGAGCUUCAGAAGAAACCAGGCCAUGGCCUCGGACUCAGUAUCAUCGGGAGAAGGAGCGACACAGGAGUGUUUGUGUCGGACAUUGUGAAGGGUGGAGCGGUGGAGACUGACGGACGGCUGAUGCAGGGCGAUCAGAUCCUCUCGGUUAACGGCGAAGACGUUCGCUCAGCCACUCAAGAGUAUGUGGCUGCACUGCUCAAGAGUUGUGCUGGUCCAAUCCGAUUGGACGUGGGUCGUUUUAAGGCGGGGCCGUUCCACUCCGAGCGCCGUCUGUCCCAGAGCAGUCAGAUCAGCGAGACAGACAGCGGGAAAGUACCUCUUCACUCCAGCUCUGCAGCUUUACCGGGAGACGCGGAGAAAACACACGAAUUGCUGGAUAAAGAUGUCAGGACGGUUGAAUUCACAAAGGGCCCGUCUGACUCUCUGGGCAUCAGUAUAGCAGGAGGGGUCGGCAGUCCUCUGGGUGACGUGCCCAUAUUCAUCGCCAUGAUGAACCCCAGCGGCCUGGCAGCUCAGACGCAGAAACUCUGGAUUGGAGACAGGAUUGUGUCCAUCUGUGGAAACUCAACAGAGGGAAUGACUCACAAUAAAGCUGUUUCACUGCUGAAGAACACAACAGGCAUCAUACAACUACAGGUUGUUGCUGGCGAUACAACAGUAACUGGACCGUCAGCAGAGCAGACAGCAGGACUCACAGCAAGCAGCAUUUUCCACGAUGACCUGGGUCCUCCGCAGUGUAAGAGCAUUAGUUUGGAGCGAGGGCCUGACGGACUGGGCUUCAGUAUCGUGGGUGGAUUCGGCAGUCCUCACGGUGACCUCCCCAUCUACGUCAAAACCGUCUUCAGCAAGGGGGCCGCGGCAGAGGACGGGCGUCUCAAGCGUGGGGAUCAAAUCAUCGCCGUUAACGGCCAGAGUUUGGAGGGAGUCACUCAUGAGGAGGCCGUCUGUAUUCUGAAGAAAACCAAAGGAACCGUCACACUCACUGUGCUGUCAUGAACACACACAGGUCCUGUAGUUGUUUAAACACUGGAUGACACACUCCGAAUGAUAUAACUGUGUACUGCUAGUUUGUGAAGAAACCAGCAGACUACUACAAUCUGCCAUACUACACUGAGACUGUAGAAACUCCACACACAUGCAUUUGUGCUUUAAAAUACUUAAUGCUCAUGGCUACAUGGCACAUCUGGUUAUGACAUAUUUUUUCAUCAUAUGAUAAAUAGAAAAUGCACAAAUAUCUCUUUCCUGUUGGGUUAAAAAAACUGGGUGUACAACUUUGUUGUAAAUUGACCCUAUUGGUUUCCAUGCAAUUUGCCAAAAAUCAACACUGUUAAACACUGAAAAUUCAUGUCAAAACAGAAAACCUCUAUUUUAGCAUCAGAGACUAAUGUAAUAAUUCUAUUUCUAGUGUGUUUUUAUGUUCGAAAUGAGCUAAAAUAUAUAUAUUUUGUCUUGACUGCUUGCACACUACAAAUAAUUUCAAGUAUAAAUAGUAAACAUUAGUUGUAUUUAGUGCAUUAAUUAUUGCUAUUUGUACUCCCUCUGCCUUUUUGUUAUUAUUUGUUGUUUUUUGACAAACUCAAUAAAGGAAAAGUGAAUUUUCCUUGGACAAUUCAGAAAACAAAUCUUAAAUUUCGACUAAACUCUGAAUUGUAACUUUCAUACGUUUUCAUGCAUUUUUUACUUUAGUGUUUGACACGCUAUAACAAAGGUUUUCUGGGGCUUCAUUUAUAAAGCGUGCGUACACUCAGAUUUGAUCUUAGAGUAUGCUUAAAUCCAUGCCAAUGCUCAUAUUUGAGAGCAGAGAGCUGAAACCAUUCAUUUGCGAUUCAUAAAUUUCACGUCUGAAAGAGGCGUUUUCUGUGCGUAUGUUCAUUCUAUGAAUCACACGUAUACAUAUUUGAGAGAUGAUCAUAAGAUCAAUUUUACGAUGGUUUCUGUUCAACAUUUUAUAAAUGAGGCCCAAGGUCUUUACCGGACUCUUUGCUGGUUUUCAAAGGGUUGAUUUUUGGCAAACUGCAUGGAAACCAGUGAUGGUCAAUGGUGGUGGGGGGUCCUUUGACACUUUUGACCACAUUUUCAGCCUUUUCAAAACACAUCUGUGCAUUGAAACUUUGCAUGCACAUUCAUGACCCUAAAUGAGAAAUAUUUACCAAAUUUCAACAAGAAUCAAAUGUGAAAUUGACCCACAACACAACAGGAGGCUUAAAAACUCUGUUUGCAUCUGUGUUGGGAAAAUAAGUCAAUGAAAUUUUGUGCAAUUAGUCAAUAAUAAGCUCAAUUUAUGUGGGGAAAAAACGUACUGAAUAGAAUGAUAUAUUUUUAAGCAGCAGUGGCACAGUUUAGUAUUUGAAAAAGUCUAAUAGCAUGAAUAAAAAUAAAAAUACAGAGCUUCUUAUGAUCAAAGGACCUCAAUAUGUUUGAUAUUACACACCACUGUCAGAAUUGUGUUUUUUUUAAUUGUAAAAAAAAAAUAUGAAA